AUGCAGCAAGAACAAGCUCCAAUUUCCUUGCAGCAAGAACAAGCUCCAAUUCUGCCUUCUAAUUCAAGUGCAACAUCUCUGCAGCCACGUCCAUCUGCACGAUAUUGGAGAGUAGAGGCUAAAGAAAACGCUAUCAAGCAUAUUAAUGUCAAGGUUAAUGAGGUUAAUAAUCUAACUGUUGGAGAGAGCAUCAUUGUGGACUUUGACCCAUACAACUCAGCAUAUGGUGAUGCACAGGGACUGCUCGCUGGAUAUUGUGAAUCAUUGGCAAUUAAUUGUAAUUUGUUUCCAAUUAGUUUUGAGAUGUGGUCAAGGCAAUCGGACAUACCUAAGAAGUACAUGGAAGACUUCUUUGAAACAAUAUUAAAGGUAUUUGAGUCCAUUGCAUACAGAUAUUGCAAUAGUAGCAUUUCAAAAAAGUUGGCUACACAUAGGCAGAGAUUGUGGAAUGAAUAUUUUGACCCUGCAAGAAGCAAGAAUGAGAUCAUUAGUAACGUGCCAUCUGGUAUACAUAAAGAUCAAUGGGCUAGUUUUGUUGCUUACAGUCAGAAACCAUCAACAAUGGAGCUUUGUAGAAGAAAUAAGGAAAUUCAGAGGAAGCAAAAAUGCCACACACUGUUUCUGGAAACUGCUAAAGCUCCUAGUCGCGAAAAAAUGUUUAUUGAAACUCAUAAGAGAAAGAACGGAUCAUUUGUGAAUGCUAAGGCUCAGACUAUAAGGGAACAAAUUGAGUCACAUAUGACUCUUUGCAACACUAAUGAGUCUGAAGUUUCCCCAGAAGAUAUUGUUGGUAAGAUAUUAGGAGCAGAACACUCUGGGUGGGUAAGAUAUAUGGGUAUGAGAGCAGGUCCAUCAAACACAUUCUUGAAUAUAGAGCGACGACUUAGCGAGCUGAGCAUUUCUUCAUCAAGCUAUGGUGAAUCAUCUGCAACUUCUACUUAUUUGCAUCAAAAGGUCGCACGUUUGGAGUCCCAAGUUGAAGAAACUUUGCCUGUGUUGAAGAAUUACCUGAUAUCUAAGGAAGGAGGGAUUCCUAACUUCUACGAGUGA